GGAACUAUCACCUACACCGAUAACCGACUGACAUCCUUCAUAUUCAUUGAAUAAUACAACUUUCCGAUUUGAACUUAUAAUGAAUUAUUUACAUUUAAUCUUUUAUUAACUGUUAUUGGAAUACAUAGUAAUUUAGAGGUGAAUGAGCAGUAACUCGUAAGAUAAUGGCAUCCUACAACGGACUAGCAGAAAACAUAAACAAAACCAGACUUGAUAAUCAAAAAAUUCUGAAAGAUCUCAAGAAAUUGGAAACUACCAUCAAAUAUCUGAAAUCCUUUCCACCGUCAGAACUGAGUGAAGAAAUCAAAACGAAAAUCCACCUACUGGUGACUUCGUCGCAGGUUUUGCAAGCAAGGCUGUUUCGGAGUGCAGUCGAAUCAAAGACACUGGAUGAGUUGUGGGAGGGCAAUGGGAUGCUCAAGUAUUUGUUUGAAUCAAACAUCAAACAUUACUCAGUCAACAAUCAGUUGAAGUGUCUGAUCUGCGAUGAAUGGUUGCCAGCAUCACGAGAGCAACUCAAGAAUCAUCUAGAAGGCAGCAGCCAUAUCCAGCGUUAUUUGGACACUAUACAAGGUGAAACUAUGUCAUACUGGAAAGAUACUAUCUCCCUGUUCUCUUCUACUUCAGGGGAAAUGGGUGAAGAGCUUAGUUUAGACAAUGACAGAUGUCUGAUGCUGAAAUAUGGCAAGUUUAUUGAUUUCAACGGUCCCAACGAUAUGCUAUUUUGCAAGUUAUGCUGCACUACCAUACCAAAGAACAACAACUGUCUUCAAGCCCAUUUCAAGGAAAGUCUACAUCAAGAACUGUUCAAAGAUGUUGUCAAUGCUAUUGUGGGUAGAACAAAGAACAAUUUGGACAAAACAAAAAACAAGAACAUAUUUACUGACAGUGAGCCGGAUUCACUAACAUUAAUGAGCUUCAAAAACGUUCAGAAUGGGGAACUUGCCACAGGUACAUCGAUUCAGCCAAUUAAUCAAAACAGAGCAGAUAUGGAAAGUUGGUUCAAAGACACAAUCGAUAAAUUCAUUGUUGAAUUUCUUGAGGAUGGUUUUCCCAAUGACAAACUUUAUAUUUGCAGCAUUUGUCAAGUUCAUACAAGUUCGUACAAAAGAUGGCAAGAGCAUUGCUUCAGUGUAUCACACGAAACUCGUAUGAUAUUGAGUAGCAACGUCUCAUACUAUCCUUGCCAAUGCUCCACUGAAAUGAUCUGCCCCAACUAUAUCAGGGAGUAUCAUAUGAAUAAGAAUCACGACCGACUUUUGAAGCUUUUCAAUUCACUGAAACUGAAACAAGUGAGAUUUGAUGUGAGUGAUGACGAUGAUGCAACAUCAGACGAAGAUAACAACAAUCGGAGGUCAAUUUUGGAAUCGAGAUUCAAUAACUCUGUUAAAAAUUUGGGGGCUAAACCCAAAAUUUUGAAUGUUCACAAUGGUGUUGAUAAAAGGAAUAAUCCUUCUGCUAAAAAACAAGUGAAAAAAAUCGAUGAAAAUGAUACUACUUGUGCAGAUACUGGUGAUGCUACUCCAAUUGGACUAUCUGAUAUACCUGAUAAUGCAUCAGAUGAUGACUUGAUUAGAGAGAUACAACAUUUUGGAAGUAUAAAGAAAAUUGAGAGAGUUAAGCCUUCAUUUGCGAAUGUGUAUAUUGAAUUGAGAGAGGAAUUUCAGAGCAUCGUUUAUUUGGGACUCACAAUAACUGUUAAGGGCACCGUGGUCAGCGUUACUGACCCAAUUCUGCAAUCAAAUACUGACUCUGGUGCUAAUGACGCAAGAAACAAACAUGUUGUUGAUGCUCAAAUUCCCAUAUCGAUGUCAACAAAAUUUCAAGAAGAAUCGCCUUUCAGGUCAAUGGUUUUAGAGUUAAUGGCUAGGUCGGAAAUUAAUGAUGCUCUUUCACCAAUAAUCAAACAUCAUUUGAAAGAAUCCUUAUCGUUGACUGGGCAGGUCAUAAUAGUCGGAUCACAAGCUUUGAAACUUACUUUCGACAAGUCCUCAACAAUGGACUUUUUUGUUGAAAUUGAUGAUAACUAUUUUGGUAAAAAAACGGAACUUACCGCAGUUGAGCUGAGUGCACGAACAAUUAGACUUUUCGAUUUGUUGAAACAGUCCAAGCAUUUCAAGAAUGUCGAGAUUGUCGGCGAUAAUGUGCAAGUUCUCACACUAGUCUACAGUGACACGGACAGAAAAUGCCAGAUUUUCUUCAGGGAUGGCCUGGUUGUUGAAAAGACCAACUUGAGCCUGAUUUAUCUGAAUUGUGAUAAAAAUAUUGGUGAGAUGGUCGUUGCUAUCCUGGAAUGGUUCAAAGAGAUAGGUCUGCGCAACGCUCUGCCAACCUACUCGAUUCUGUGGCUGGCUCUGUUUCCUCUCAUCACAAAACACUAUCUUUGUCCCGUUGUUAUUUUGAGGAACAAUAAUGACGCUGGUAGAAAGAUGAUUUCAGGAUGGGAUUGUCGGUACUCUGCAAGCUUCUCUCCCAAAACGGCAGCGCUGCCGAGUGCCUAUGUUUUGGUUCGAAAAUUUUUCGAAUUCUAUUCAGACGCUCGUAACUUUGACAAGAAAGUGUUGGCUCCUCUGACGGGCGAAAUAUUCGACCAUCAAAGAGUGCGGCAGAAGAAACUGCCCCCACCCUACAGCCGCUACUCCCAUCUCAUUGCGACCAAAUCGGUGCGAUUCUUCAAACUCAGCAGCGGCAUUUGCCUGCAGGAUCCUCUGCAGCUCAACUACAACUUGACAUUGCCGCUGCAGGGUAAGAACCUGAACAAGUUUGUUGCCAGCUGUAAAUCUACACUGCAAUGCUUCAAUCAGUAGUUUGAAUCAGACAGUGUUAAUGGAGUAUAGUUGACUAAGCUGAUAAAUACCUAUACAUCAAUCAUUUUACAAUUAAAUAUAUGUUACAUUAUUUGCUAUUCUAUGAAGUAAUUUCGGUAAGAAAAAUAUAAUAUAACAGUGAAACGUUUGCUGAAACUAGGAAUAUUCGAAUGUCUUCAAUUUUGACUUUUCCACUUUUACGAAGUCGACAUAUUCGAUUAAGAAAGUUAUCAGAUUUGACAGUGGAAACGUGGAAAGUAUUCAAUUUCUACUGUGCAAAAAUAUUAAAUUUGACUGAAGAAAGUGUUGACAUUUAACUAUGAGUUUCACUAAUAUUUGUCCAAAUUUGACUCGACAAUUCUCUAUUUGUGCCAUGCUCAUGAUUAAACCAAACUGAUAGAGCCUAAGAUGUAGAUUUGUUUAGAAUUCUCAAAAGUCACAUUCUGUCUUCACCCCAGACUAGAACUAUUGUGCUUCCAAGGAGAGAAUUCUCGACCGUCAGUUAUAACCAAGGUGAAAGAUACUAUUUUGUAUUUGAACUAUCUUGUUCUAAAUUAUUCUUGUGCUCGUCUAAUCCAAACUUGAGCUGAACUUGUGUUGACAUAUUCAACGACUGAUGUGAUAAAUAACUGAAGACUUAUGUGAUAGAUUAACUAGUGUUGAAUAUAGAUUGUUAAAAAGUUAUAUAUAUAUAGAUUAAGAUAUAACGAUGAACUUCUAAUAUGGGUGGAAAGCAUUAUACUUGACUCUACGUACUUUCAUCUAUUCAUGUUACUAAAGACUGAUGUGACACAUAAUUAAGCCUAGUUUUUGUUGAUAAUUACGUGCCUUUUUUGUGACUCGAAAUGUUUUCAGCUACUCAUAUUACUAAAGCUUGAUGUUAUAUUUUAUGAACUAAUUUUCAUUGUAGAGAAAAGCCCCUUAUUUGUAACUAACAUAUUUUGUUGCAGUCAUUUUACUUAGGAUGAAUUGCUGUAGAUAUCAUUCGAGUAAACGACUCAACCAUAACUCUUGAAAUUUUGUCAUUCCAAUAUAUAUAUAUAUAUAUAUAUAUAUUAUAUAUAUAUAUAUAUAUGAUAAACUAAUUUAAUAAUUAAAACUAUUGAGUAACAAAUUACGAAUUACAAAUAAUUACCUAUUUUGCGAAUAAUUCAAUAUUAUGUAUUUUAGUCUCUAGUGACUGGUAUUUUUGACUUACUUUGCUAUCUACUAUUAAUAUUUUCUAUGUUGCUUUUGUCAGCUUCCUUAUAAGUAGUCAUCAAGAAUAUUUUUUGUUGAAUAUUCUUCAUUUUGAUUUUCUUGAUGUUUUUUAUAAGAAAGUUCUAUGAUGUUGAUUAAAUUAAUCCAAUUCAAUAAUAUUUGUACAGAAAUAUCCAAAUAAUAUUAUUUAAAUUAAGGUGAGGUAGAUUUGUUUGGAAUGAAACUAUUCGGUAGCCUCAAUUUAUGUUUUCUAGCUUCAUUCGAUUAUUUUUCUUACAACUCCUAUUUGAUAUCGUAUAAUUGAUACUUUUAUUCAAGAUUGGGGUAUUAUCCAGGGAAUUUUAUACUGUCGUCAUUGUUGAUUUCAUCCCCAAUUGAAAAUAUUGUCUAAAUAUAGGGCCUGUUAGGUAUUGCUUAAAUUAAUAGAUGAUAAGUGAAGUUUAUACAGCCUAAACUUUUUUUCCAAAUUUUCUCCAAAACUGAUUGGCAAUAAUGACAUUGAAUUCGGUGCCUUCUCAUAAUAUUAAGGAUUCAUAAUAAAUAUACUCUUUGAUCGCAAUAAUUGUUCUUCUAUAUUUAAUCCAAACUAUAUUUUGACUGUAUAAGAAAUUAUCGUUACCCUGUCACAAGUAUAUUGGUAGCUUCACUUGAUAAUUAGCUUAGAAGACUUAUGGCUAUGCCUAUAUAAUUUUGUGAACAAAAAAUAAUAAUUGUAUAAGCAAAUGUUCUAUUUUGAUAGUGUUUUUCUUAAUUCCAUAGUUUGAAAAUGUUAUAGCUUAAAAAAAAUAAUAAAUGAUGUUUUUCAAAAGA